UUCUACACCUGCAUUGCUUGCUGUUUGGGGGUUUAGGCUGGGUAUCGUUACAGCACUUUGAGAUAUCAGCAGAUGUAAGAAGGGCUUCAUAAAUACAUUUGAUUUGAUUUAUAAAUACAUUUGAUUUGACAGACAGGCUCUAUUAUGGUGGGUCAGCUGCUGUUUUUGCUGGCCCUGUCUUUACCCUGCUCAUAGGACAUGAUGGACAGUGUGUGUGUGUACGUGUCUUCAGUAAUGUGUGUGUGCAUGCGUUCUUAGAAAUGCAUGCGUGGUUGCAAACACAUAAAUGUGUGUGUGUGGUGUGUGAUUGUGCGUGCAUACCUGCAAACCUAUCGUUAGUGGUCUGAGUGAAAUGGAUAAACUACUGUGAUACAUCCAGGUGCCUCCAGAGGUGUUCGCCUAUCAUGUUCUGUGAGCUUUUAUCACUAUUCACCUCUGCUGAUGACACACAGAGUAAUUAUCAGGCUGACAUGUAGCACUUAAAAGCUGACACUAACAGGUGCUGAGCCAGGGAGGCUUGCUGUCUCUAAUGCUACAUGUGGCGGCGAUCUGCUUUUAAUAGUGCAAACAUAGAGGAGGUAUGAAUAUACAUGUUGCCAUGACUCUUGCCCAUUGUGCUGCAUGUAUUCACUGAGUCGAGUCUUGGACUACAACAACAUUGUAUUCUGAUUGCCAACAGUAGUAGUCUGUUGAAUGUGGCACUUGAUAAUCAACUGUAUAACCAUACUCAUUGUGGAGUGAUUGACCUGUGCUCAGCCACUCUCUCCUUGCAACAUGAUGCAGGCAAAUUAUGAGAAAAUCAACUGCUGCAAUAGGGUGAAGGCAGAGGCUGAAUAUGAGUACAGGCAGAGAGAGAGAGAGGUAGAGAGAAGGAAAGAGAGAGACAGACAUACAGUGGUAGGACCUUAAUUUGAUCCAGCAGGAAAAUACAGACAUACAGGCAGACUAGGUCCAUAGAAAUAGGCCGUUCCAGUGUUCUGGGUGGAUAUGUAGAUAGGUAACUAACUUGAUGAUGUCACAAUGCCCCUUUACCAGGAAUGGAGCACUAGUUGUUAUAAGGGAACAUUAUGAGGUAACAUGUUGCCACGGAAACACACUUAUGUCAUAAUCUCAGACCACAUUAAAACGGUCAGACAAGCUCAGGUAGAGCGCAUUAGCUACAUUCGAACGAUCUCUCAACCUAUAACUGAUUUGAUUGAUUACAACAGUACACUACCUUGUCGUGACAUGGGUCAGAGACUAAGUGACCCUGUCCCUGAGGUAUCCCAUAGGGAGAAACCAAAGGAGACACAGGAACAUAAAGAUAAACCCAAGGAGAAGAGGAUCCCUCAAGCCCUGACCUUUCUUCAGCUGUUUACACUGCUGAACUGCGUCAAGGUGAAGAAAACACCCUUUGAUCCCUCCCAGAGUGGUGAUGGGACAAAGGGAACAACGAUAAACGAUACAAACAACAAUAAUGACUCUGAAACUGGCUUGGACUACUCUGCAGGUGACAUGAAAAGGAUCAAGGACAAGAGUAAAGGAAAGGUUGGAGGAGAGAAACAUAGCAUUGAAUCUCAGGACCACAAAUGCAGAACGACACAGGAAAAAGAAAAAGACAUUAAACAAAGACCUAACUUGGAGCAAGCAAAGGAGACCCAGCAGAAAGAGAAGAAGAAGAGCAUCCAUCCAGCUGUGGCGGCCCUGCAGCUGUUCACUCUCUUCUGCUGUGGUGGGAAAGUCAAGCUGAGGAAGACUCGUCCCUCUCAGAACAGACAGAGUAGAAAGGACCAGGACAAAGAUAAUGCAUCUGAUACUGGUUCAGACUUGUCUGGAGGUGAUGUUACAACCAAAAGGGUCAAGGACAAGAGAAAUGGAAAGGAAAAUCAAAGGACACCCCGGCAAGUGAAGACCCCUGUGGAGGAAAUUUACAUAAGACCUGACUCUCCGACUCUACCACGUGCCCACAGCUCCCUCUCUCAAUUUUCCCUGGCUCGGAACCUGGCCAUCCUCCCGCUGGAGUGGCAGCUACCCGGAGUCCCUCUGCCCACCUCGUCUAUGGCAACUAGGACAGAGAGAACGCCAUCCUCUACCAACACUUCGACACAUGCGCAGAUGGAAACACAGACAUUAAAUAUGAACACAGACACACAGACCACUUCUACCUCUCAGAGCCAGAUCUCCAUGGUCUCAUCGGAGACCAUGAUAGAUCUUCACACGUCAGACUCCAUUACCCAGACCUCCACUCUUGACAUGGCACUGACCCCUGAGAGCACUAAGGACAUGAUCACUACUGAUGAGGAUGUGAAGGAUGACUCUGCUAAAGAUUUGAUCUCCACCCUAACAGACACCUCUAUGGAGAAAUCCAUCAGUGAGACCAGCCUGAAAGACCUCAUUGCUGAGUAUGAAGAUGACAAUGAGCAGAAGGAUAUGGCUGCCUCCGCUACCCCUGCUACUGAUAAUGCCAGUGAGGAUGCAAUGCUGCUGGAGAUUGCAGCACUUUUUGACUGAUUACAUGUUGACAGUGGAGACCGAGCUGCCUCUGCAUCUCUGAAGAGCCAAUAGACCUAAUGAACAUUUCAAUGUAGCAAAAGCUAUACUUUGAUCAAUUAAUAAAACAUUUUUUCUGCAGCA